AUGACGAGGCCCUUUGACAAACCGAAGAGUCCGAUGCCUCCUGCGCCUGGGACCGGCAGCGUUGGCGCCUUCAAUUCCCGUCAACCCGACAAGGCCCACGGGAUCAGUAAACAUCAGCAGUACUACGGACGGAUAUUGCUCAGAGAAAACUUGGAGCCCUCCGCGCACUUCGUCCAGUCUGUCGUUGAAACCUGCAACAUCCACAAAACCAACGGACUGGAUCGGCGCAAGAGCAGUUGGGCCUCGCUCACAUCAGGAGGUAGUUCAACGCUCGUAAUGCGGGUAUUCAAGCCAGCCCGAAACCAGCGUACAUACUGGAGAGGAGAACGUACAUUCGUCACCCUCGUCCACCGCUUUGCUAGGCAAGCAUCUAGGCUAGAGCUCCAACCCGGCAGCGAUCUCAAACAAGUCGAGAGCUGGUUUCAGGGUCGGAUGGGCGAAGCCCCGCGACCGAAGCUGAACGCACACAAGAAUAGAAUUAUGGGGAGGCUACUCGAGGUAAACAAAGAGGCAGAUAGGCUGUACGAUGUCGAAAAACGACUUGCGUAA